AUAAUUUGAUUUGCUUUGUGCACUUUUCGCUGUGCGAAGAUCGUUCGAGAAAAAUGUUCCAAACUGUGCUAAAUAUUGUAGAGAAUUCAACAAUUUGGUCCUUGUAAAAGACAGCAAUGAAUCCUGUACAGCAUCUUGAUAGUUUCUUUCAAUGAAAUUUGCAAAUCCGAAAUGAGACUUUUUGUCUACAAUCGAUAUUAUAUCGUCAAUAACAAUAUAUUAUUCAUAUCGUGACGGUAUAUAUUGUAAAAUCCGAAAAAAUUAAAAAAACCGUGCCACCAAAUUCUGAUUAUAAAAAUCUCUUUUCAUGUCAAAGUUUGGAAAAUAUAAUUUGUGGAAUAUAUGGGAGGCCCAUUAAACAUUCAUUUGAAAGACAUAAAACGUGUAUUUGCUUCAGUAACGAUUUUACCUAGUGAAAGCAAUAAACAAUUAACAUUAAUAGUAGAACUUGACGUUUCAUACACGAUGACCAAACGCGCAGGCGUCAUUUUGUUGUAGGCAAACAUGUUUAGUUUUUAUUCUGUCUUGUAAUAGAACUUCGAAGUUUUGCACGGUUCGAUCUUCAAUGCUCUUCAAUCGAAAUCGAAAUGAUUUCAAAGUUCGUUCUAAUCCGAAAUCUUCUACCGGUGUUAAUUGUAUUGCCGCGAGUUGUUUUUACUGAUACUGGCAAAGUAGUGUUUCAAUUUCCCGAAUAUGACUACAAGGAAACAAGCAAAAAUGAAAUGGCCUUCCGAGAGUACGAGUCUGCUUGUGACCAAAGUGCCCGCUGCUCAAUCUUCGACGGAAUUCAGAAGACGCGAUGUGUUCGAGAGUGCGUUUCACCUUCGUGCUAUCAGGAAAUUUACAAAUUUGAUGAACUAGAGGAAGGAGAGAUUGACGUACGGCUCAAUUCGUUUCGGGCCUGUUUUAUGCUACGCCUAAGCAGGAACCGAGGAUAGGUGCAUAUGCCCUUUGCUUUUGGGCUCACACGAUUGUGAAUACCAGAAGUUUCGGAUCUCAGAUCAAUGACACAUAGCUCAAUAUAUAUGUAGAUUCAAAAUACUUUGACUGCGCAAAAUUCAGUUUAUUUUUAAAAUAAUGAGAACAUAAACACA